UGGCACAAACCCUAACCCCCAUGUGUCAAUCAAUACACAAUUGAGGUUAUGUUUACGUCGACUGUUUAUUUUCAAUUUAAAUAGCAAUAAUGCCUCUACCGAACGCACUAGCCGCAAAAUUAGCAAAAAGGGGCCUUCUGGUCGGUAAGUACGCCACGUUUGUACCAUCCCGGGUUAAUUUAACCAUUUCAGCUAAAAAGUCCCAGGACCAGACCAAAAAAAGCAAUUAUAAGGGCUGGUCCACCUGCCCCAACAAAAGUAACAUUUUCCAUGAGUGUACGUACUGGUGUGAAACCCACUGGAAAGGAGUUUUGACCCCUGACCCUCGUUACAUGCGAAAUAUGCAAAAAUUACUCUUCAAGUAUCCAUUACCGAAUAACUGGACAGAAGUGUUCGAUAAAGGAUUGGGUAGGUACUACUACUGGAAUAUGGAAAAUGAUUUGGUUUCGUGGCUGCCGCCAAGGCACCCUAAGUCGAUUAAGACAGUCAGUGCGGCAAAACUGAGAGAAAAACGGAUUCUAGCGGCUGAACAUGAGUUGAAAGUGAGCGAGAGGAACGAACGGGACGAUCGAGACAGAGACGACGAUUCUGACGAUGAUAGAAGCUAUCAUAAACAUGACAGAAGAGACAGAGAUAAAGAUGACCGAAGGCACAGAAGGGAUGAUCGCCAUGGAAGGAAAAGGCGGAAAGACGACAUCAUUGAUCCCAUGGAUCCAGCAGCCUACUCUGAUGUUCCCCAAGGCACGUGGAGCGACGGCUUGGAAAAUAAUAAAACUCGAGCUGAUAGCACAGCUUCCGGAGUACUAUACCAACAGCGACCUUACCCUGCACCUGGAGAAGUCCUAGCCAACAAUAAAGAAAAAAACAAGAAAAAAUAAUUGUCCUUAAUUUUUUUAUCAAUAUACCAUUUGACCAAACUA